UCUCUAGGAAUCUCCUGUAAUUUCAUUGUCGUGUUCCUGCAUUCAAGACACUACCUUGUAAAAUGAACCCCAAGAAAUCAAAAUUGCCGGAAGGGUUUUAUUAAUUGGGAUAUUUUGGCAUCUGGGCUCGACUCAAAACUCAAAGCUUUCGAAGAUUUAGCCUUGGUUAAGUUGCUGGCAUCACCAAGAUUAAGUUUUGGCUUUUGACUUUGAGAGAAAAAGAUAGUUUUGAAUAUUUGGUUUUAUUCUUCAUCCAAUGGAGGCAUACAAGAGAUGGGUUCGGAGAAAUAAAGAUUAUGUACACUCUAUGGAGUCGCUAGCAAACGGGUUGACAUGGCUUCUUCCGGAACGGUUUUCAGACUCAGAAAUUGGGCCAGAAGCAGUAACAUCAUUUUUUGGCAUAAUCACUGCUAUAAAUGAACACAUCAUUGAGACAACUCCAACCCAAAGAGUCACUGGCCAGGCUGAGACUUCUUCCUUCCCUUACUCGUUGUGCAUAACUUUGCUUAAGGACUUGGAAACAUUGGUUGAAGUGGCAGCUCAACAAUUUUAUGGUGAUGACAGAAAAUGGAAUUUUAUUGCUGCCACAGAAGCUAUCAAGGUAUUAGUUAGGCUAGCUAUGAUUAAGAACAGCGGAUAUAAAAUGCUUUUGCGUGGUGGGGAGACUGUAUAUGUUGAGAAGGGAUUAGAUGCGGUUAACUACUCGAAACAGAGACAUGGAGAAUUGGUUGAUCCCAGAAGCCAUAAUUUGAAAAAUCAUUUUCAGCAGACCCCAUGGAAUCUUGAAGGAAAGGCACUGUCAGCCUUGUCUAGGUUUGGUGAAAAUGCCAGAAUGGUCUCUGAGAGAACUUGGUUGAGUAGGGUCCAACACCAGCAAGCAAUUAUGGAGCCUCCAACACUGAUGGUUGAGAAACCCAGUCUAUCCGCUUUCUUGUCUGAGAAGGGUGUUCCUGGGGGCUUGUUUGUGAUGGGUGAGGUGAUGUUCGUUAUAAGACCCCUGCUGUAUGUCCUAUUAAUAAGAAAAUAUGGGACUCGGUCUUGGUUUCCUUGGGUUAUGUCAUUGGGAGUUGACCUCAUCGGGAACGGUAUCCUUUCAGCUGUUGCAGUGUCACGGAACAGCAGGAAAGGCCCUCUAUUCUAUCUUUCCAACGACGAAAGGGAUGAGCUAAAGAGGAGGAAGCUUUUGUGGGCACUUUACCUUAUGAGAGAUCCUUUCUUUACCAAGUACACACGGAAAAGACUUGACCAUACCCGAAAGCUAUUAGAACCUGUUCCUGUUUUUGGGUUCUUUGCAGAAAAACUCAUUGAACUUCUUGUUGGAGCUCAGACACGCUACACCUACAUGUCAGGUUCAUGAAAUGGAAGCUACUACUACUUAUUCUGCACAUUUUUUUGGUGUAUUAUUCCCCGCGCUAGAGGUAGGCAACACGCUCGUUUCUUUUUCAGCAGCACCAGCACGUAUAAUUCUAGUGCAACUUGUACCAAAUGAUGUGACCCAUGGUUUAGUAAACAUGCAUAUAUUUUGUAAUCCACCUUUCAGUAUUCACCUAAAAGACAAAUUUGGAAUGAA